AUGACCGAGACAAAAAUGCAACUAGAAGACUGGCUGGAUGACUUAUGUGUCCGCUUCAUCAUCAACCUACCUCAUGAAGAGCUCGAAUCAGUAGAGCGGAUCUGCUUUCAGGUCGAGGAAGCGCAAUGGUUCUACGAAGAUUUCAUUCGCCCUCUUGACCCCGCCCUUCCUUCGCUCUCCCUGAAGGCCUUCGCGCUGCGCAUCUUUCAACACUGCCCUCUUAUGUCGCAAUGGUCGCAUUACCACCACAUCACUGCGUUUUCGGAGUUCUUGGCCUACAAGACUCGUGUCCCAGUACGCGGGGCUAUCAUGCUUAAUCAGGAUAUGGAUGAAGUAGUUCUAGUAAAGGGCUGGAAAAAGGGCGCCAAUUGGAGCUUUCCUCGCGGCAAGAUCAACAAAGGCGAGAAGGAUCUGGACUGUGCUAUUCGUGAGGUGUACGAAGAAACUGGCUUUGGCAUACGUGAGGCCAAUCUGGUGCAAGACGACGACUCGGUCAAGCAUAUCGAAAUUACGAUGCGGGAGCAACAUAUGCGACUUUACGUGUUCCGUGGUGUUCCCCGUGAUGCUCAUUUCGAGCCUCGUACGCGGAAGGAAAUCAGUAAGAUUGAAUGGUACAAGCUCUCAGAGCUCCCAACUCUCAGGAAAAACAAACAAGAUGAAGGGACGGCAGUGACUAAUGCAAACAAAUUCUACAUGGUCGCCCCCUUCCUGCACCCGCUGAAGAAGUGGAUCGCGCAACAGAAAAAAUUGGACGCCAAGGCUCAAGCAGGCAAUCCUCACUCGCAUAACGAAGGAUACACCUUGGAUGAUACAAGCUACGGUAGCAACGGUGUCGCAGCUCAGCAGCAGAAUCCUGGGGCGGCUGUCCCAAGUGAUCUUCCGGAGGUCACCUCGACACAGGAUGCUUCAUCUCAUCUCAAACAACUUUUAAAGAUUGGGGGAGGCCACUCUGCGCCGGUACAGGUGCCAUCUCCACAGUUUGACCAACCUGUUGAAUCUGCCAGGGUUGAUCAGUCGAAGUCGAAUGCAUUGCUUACCUUGCUGAGACAAGGCUCAAGUGUUCCCGCCCCUCGGGUGCAUAAGCUGUCUGGACCAUCGCCACACGCACAGUCACCGGGUGUGCCGCAAGCUUCAACCCAAGCAACUCAUUUGGCUCCAAAUUUCUUUCCCGGUUUCCCUCAGCAGCAUCACCAAACAGCGCCAUUGAUUCCGUCGCCGCAGACAUUGACGCCUCAAUCCUACAACGCGGUCCCUCAUCACUCUAUGCAAUCUUCUGCACAUGUGACGGCGCAUCCUCAGUAUCCCCCUAUCGCUCAGAAUGAGUUGUCGGCCUCUCCUUCGCUGCAGAGAGCCCCCCAAUCUCAUGCCCAGAACUUUUCCAAUACAUACUCUCCGGCUCCGCCCAGUGCUCCUGCGCCCGCACCUUUCCAGCGUACAGGUGACCCUCAGUUCUCCCAGCACGCUCACCCUUCUCAAGCGUCUGGUGCGGCGAUUCCACCGGCAAACAAGCUGCCACCUCCGAAACUUACAAAUCACUCGCGUGCAUUGCUGGGGUUUUUCAAAGGAGACGCUUCCAAGACCCCCAACAGUCCCCAUGCCGCCACUCUAGCCAUUCCAGCUUCAGGAGCCAGUCAGACCAUUAAGACUUCUCCGCACCAGAACGGCUUGCUGGAUCUCUUCAAGGGGGGUCAGCAAAAGGCACCUACUCCUUCACCUGUGGAACUAUCCGGUCACCCAGUCCCCUCUUCCAUUCCCUCAAAACCGAAUACUGAAAUUCAGAUUCUCCAGCGAAACAAUUCACAGCAAGUUUCUGAUAAGAACAGUGGACCGCAGGCGAACAAGGCCGGCCAGAUGGCAGCUACAGUAUCAGGGCCUGUGAGCACUCCCCAGUUUGAAGCUAGUUCGAAGGCAGCGCCCAAGAAGACGAAUGGCUCAAGUCGCAAGAACAAUCAAAGCCGACAACAAGCAUCAGCACAGCCGCUGUCCUCGCCAAUCACGAUUCUGUCGCGUCCACAGACUGCCAAACGCGAUGCAUCUGCCACGAGACACAACUUACAAACUGUCCAGCCGGCGCAGAACUCUCCUAUCCAGCCACGAGCUCCAGAGCCGGUGAAGCCCUUCCAGCCUCAGAUCCUGCGACGUUCAGAGAAGACUGGCUAUGAGAACCUGCUCACGAACGCGAUGGGGCCGGGCAGUGCAGGCCGCAAACCCAGCUUGCCUGAUUCAUCGCCUCAGCGUCCUGAAUUGGCACCUCAAAGCAGCUUCAACCGACGCCCCAGCCAAACUUCUGCUCAAAAAGAGGCACUUUUAUCUCUUUUUGGGAAGGCGCCUGCCUCUCCCUCUCCAAUCUCCGCUGCGCAAGAAUACCAGGCUACCAUGGCAAACCAACCGUCAUUUGCAGCGUCCGGUUUGGUGAGCCCGCUCUCAUCCCUUCAUCUCCCCACUAAUGGGGAUUCUCCCUCCCGCCGUGGAACACCCUCUGAGAAUGACAUGACCCCCAAUCGCAUUGCAUCACCGAGUAACAAGGCGUUCCUUCUUGGGUAUUUGCAGGAUGUUGCCAAGGGCAACAAAUGA